UAAUAAACCUGUUAAUAUACCAGCCUCUUAACGUCUCUGCGUGCCUUAUUUAGGUAAUUCUUUGGGUUGGUUACCGAAUAAUAAUCGAAUCAGGUAGCCCUCGGGUCACAAUUUGGAAUCAGGUAGCCCUCGGGUCACAAUUUGGCGUAGUCGGCAGGAUUAGAGUGCUGGUGUAGCUUUUCCGAGCAUAUAUUAACCGAUUUGUUUGGGGAUAUUUAAUAUUUGAUAGGGUAGCGGUGCAUAUAGGGUGAUUUUUGGCAGAGAAGAAAACAAAAAGGGUGGAAGAAAAGCAGUGGUUAUUUGUUAGCAGAUCCAGUGGGACCACGGACCGGGUCGUCUGGGAAGCUGCCAGAAAGGAAGCCGCUAUCAAGGAAGACUGCAGACCUGACCGCUCCUCGUGACGCUGGAAACCAUUUUUUCUUUUUUCUUUCUUUUGUCUUAAGUACAUUGACUCCUUUUGGUGUUUUUUUUUUGGGCGACAUGUCUCUGCCUAAUUCUGAUAUGGAAGAACAACUAAGGGCUUUGAACGAACGUGUGCAGCAGUUGCAAGCUGAAAAUGAUAGAUUGAAAGCUACUGAAGGUGUUAAUGUGGGUGCUAGCACCAGUAAUGGGGAGGAGACACAAGCCAGUAUGCGAGCAGAGGUUAGCCAAAAUAGGUUUGAGCGGUAUAUCUACAUUCCAAGAGAGAGAAAAUGUCCUAGGUUUUCUGGCAAAUCUGCAGAUAUGCCCUCAGUAGAAGAUUGGGUUGAGGAGGUGCGCAGGUCUUUGGAAGGUCGUCACAUGUCGCCACGUGAGCAAGCCUUAUUUAUAUACGAUCAUUUAGAUGGGGAAGCUAAAACGGAGAUUAAAUUUCGCCCAGCGAGUGAAAGAAAUGAUCCAGAGAAAAUUCUCACCAUUCUGGUUGAUAUUUAUGGCUGUUCUAAAUCUUAUAUUGGAUUACAAAAGCAAUUUUUCCACCGUCGACAGUUAGAAGGGGAGUCUUUGCGAGAAUAUUCGCAUUCUCUUUUAUCCCUAAUGGAGAUUAUUAAACGCCAAAGCCCUAGGCCCAUUGCAAAUGGCGAUCAUUUGGUACGGGAUCAAUUCAUUGAGUACGUCCGGGAUAGCAUGUUACGGCGGGAGUUAAAACGUACAGUGAGGCUUAACCCUAAUGUUCCCUUUUUAACUAUACGCAGUGAUGCUAUUCGUUGGGUAGAAGAAGGUGAGCAUGGGGGAUUGGCAAGGACCCGCGCAUACUCCUGUGAUACUCAACUUGAGGUAGUAGGUGAGUAUAGGGCUGCCAGCCAAGCAGUAACGGCUCAACCUAGUAAUGAAUUAGCUGAAUUGAAGGAGUGUUUGAAAAAGCAGCAAGCUCAACUGGAUAUGUUGUUGACACAUUUGUCUUUGGGUAAUAAGUCACCUUCUACACAGGGGGCUUCCUUGGGUCAAACUGCUCCAUCUUAUCCAUAUGAUUCUUUUGGUAGGCCUAUUUGUGUUCGUUGUAAGCAACCAGGCCAUAUUGCAAGGUUUUGUCGGGAAGGUAGAGGAUCUAACCCAGUAUCUAGGGGGGGUAGGUUUCCAGAUAGUGGGGGAUCGAGGAGCGCGGGUAUUCCGUUCAAGCCGCAGGAAAACUAAUACCGGCUGGUGGGGAGGGCCAACCGCCAGCUAGGCAUAUUGAAGGCUCCACUUUGCCCUCUAGCCCAUUAUCUAGAUUAAUGGGAGUUUGUCCUGUUAUUGAUGUAUGCAUGGGAGGGGUUUCUGUUCCUUGCUUACUAGAUACAGGCUCUAUGGUUACUACUGUUACUGAAACAUUUUUUAAUCAACAUUUUCAGUCUGUUUUUAGACCCUUACAGCAAUGUCGCUGGCUUCA